UGUCACAAGACGAACAACAUGGCCGCCUACAUUUCGGUGUUUGUUAUGUUCAGCAGGUAGUGUGGAUUAACUUGACGUAAGGGUGUUUUUGUUCAGUUAUAUCGCUUAUAGUUAGUUACAUAACUGUUCGGCUAAAUCAAAAGUCAUGGCGUCGUCGUUUGUUGUCGGGGAUAAAUUCAGGAAUCGCGUGACAGAGUUGCUGGAGGACCAGGACGCCUCUCUGCCACAAGGACUGAAAGAGGAACUGAAAGGGUUUUUAGAGAAUCCACAACCAACACUGUUGUCCUUCAGUACGGCAAGAAAACUUCAGAAACACAUUGAGGACAAAGGUCAUCCUUUCUACCUGCAUGAGCUUCUGGAGGAUAGUUUACUGCACCUGCCUGAGUUUGUGAAGCCCCCAAGAAAUCCUGAGCUUGUAGCUCGUCUCGGGAAAAUCAAAGCCAAACUUGCAAAUGAGGAGUACAACAGGAUGACUCGUAAUGUUAACACGCAGGAGAUGAGCCGAAGUGGGACAUUAGCAGAUUUUGGACAGGGAGUGCGGUCAGUAAAAGCAAUUAUGGUGACGGUUUUCAACUACUUGGUGACCAUCGUUGCUGCUUUUGCCUGCUCCUACAUGGGAAGUCAGUAUUUGUUCACUGAGACUACAUCGGUAGUGGGACUGGCCGAGCUCUACGUCCUGGUCCGGACCAUGGAAGGGAAACUAGGGGAACCAUAGCACCUGCACACAACAAUCUCAUUGUCAGAAUAAUUACUUUUCAUUUAUUUAUUUGUGCUUCUGUUCUAAAAGUACUUUAAUUAUUUUUUUCUAUUACUUAAAUACAGUUGUUUAUUUGCUCCUAA